AUGUUGGUGUUCGGAAAAUUACCCUCCCUUAAUCCCUUUUAUGUUCAAAGAAGAUAUGACCAAGAUUUAGAUAGGCUGAUUAAAGAAAAAAACACGAUUGUCUUGUGUGGCGCUUCAGGAACGGGUAAAACGCAAUUAGUUAGGCAAUGGGUUAAUCCUAUUUUAAGACAAACUCACGUUAAUGACUAUGAGGCAUUAAUCUGGGUAACAGCUGACCAGCUAGAUACACUCUUGGGAAAUUGUAAACAGAUCGGAGGAUCGUUAGGAAUUGAGGGAUGCAAGCAAUUAUCGGUCGAUGAGCUUGCCGAAUCGAUUAAGAGAAAAUUAGAAGUACAACGUUAUUUAGUGGUUAUUGAUGACGCUUCUAGCGAGGAAGUAAGGUGUAUUAUUGAAAAAUUCUUGCCAGAUUAUAAUACCGAUAUAAUCAUUACCAGUCAUUAUGAAGACUGGGAUUAUUACAAGUUGUACAUUAAUCAAUGCACCGAGCAGGAGGCUUCUGCUAUUGCAAAACAUAUUAUCAAGGAAAAGAAGGCUAAAAUUGUUGACGAAACACAAUUGAGAGAAUUGGUCUUGCACUUCGAAAGUAAUCUCCUAUGGGUGACGCAGGCGGCCAAUUAUAUCUCCGAAAAUUUGGGCGGCGAUGUGGUUACCUACUUAAAAAAUGGCGAAAAGUCGGGGCUGCUUUUAAAGGAUUACCGUAAAAAUUCACAGCAAGCUUUAUCAUCAACUCUUAAAUGUUUUCAGAUUUUCGCUAAUCAAUCGCUUUCAAAAGAAUUGCAGGAACCAAACCUGGCAUUAUCGGUAUUACAAAUUUGUAGUUUAUUGCCUAGUCGAAACAUUCCGGUGACUUUAUUGGUUCAAUUCUUGCAUGGUUAUUCAAAAAUUUUAGAACAAAAGUCGGAACAACUGAUCAACCUGUUAUGUAAGAAAACCAUGUUGAUCGAACGUGAAGGUAAUUAUUUAGGCAUGCAUUGUUCAUAUCAAACGAUGCUAAAUCAGAAUAUCCUGGUUGAAGAAAAUCUCAUCACCACCGAACAAUUAUCGGAAUGCCAAGCUUGUUUUCUCAAGUUUCUGGUAGAAAAGGUGAAGUGGCGCCGUAGUGAGGCUAUCAACCCCAUUAAAAAAUUCCAAUGGGAAGGGCAAAUUGAUAUUUUACCACAUAUUAAGUCGGUAGUUACGCACUUUGAAAAAGAAGCCGCUCACCAAAAUUCAUUGAUCGAAUUAUAUUAUGCCAUGGGUAGCUAUUAUGAAGCACAGGAUUUCUUGCAUGAAGCGAAAGGAUGCCUUAUAAAAUCACGUGAUUUGUGCGAAAAAUCAUUGUCGACGAAGGUAUUAUCGAAACUCGUUAAUAUGUCAAUAGUACCGUCAAUCAAAACUACUAAACAAGAAAUCAAAGAAAGAUUGAUCUCAGAAAAAUCUGACUUGGAACAAAUUAAAAUGUAUAGCAUAGAAAUAUUAUAUAAACUGGCUUCUAUCAACGUCAGAUUAUGGAACAUCUUGUCUGAAUCAGAAAAAAAUCUAACAAUUAAAUAUCUUGAACAAUCUUUCCAUAUGCAUCCAUUACUGAUCAAGCCAGAGGACGUCAAGGCUUAUCAGGAUAGAUAUUACACAUACCGCAAUUUAGCGGCCGCAUACAAGAACCAAGGUAAAUCACAAGAAGCCGGACGAAUCAUUGCCAACUUGAUAAAUUCAGAUUUUGUUAAAAGCAGUGCUGAAAUACGAUCACUUGCUCAUCUCGAUGUUGCACGAGGAGAAAUAAAAUCGAGCCCUCAAAAAGCAAUUGAUAAUCUUAUUGAAAGUUUAAGCUCAAUCCAAUCUAUUGCGGAGGCUGAUUAUUCCUACGGUAACCGUGCAAAAGAUAUGACAAUAGUUUAUAUCGAAUUAGGCUGUGCUUAUCUGGAAAUAUCUCGUGUCGAAAUAGAUGAAACAAAGAAAUUUGAUGCAUUAAAGAAAGCCGAUACGCAUCUACGUUUCGCUUUAAAGUCCAAUCGCGAUUAUUAUAAACGAGAGAAUAAUCGAACCGCGGGCAGAAUUUUUUAUCACUUGGCCGAAGUUAACGUGGCAUUGCGUUAUUAUUUCUUGGCACAUGAAGCCGUAACCCAAGCGCUCCUGAUCCAACAAAAUUUUUAUCGCGAUCCUAAUCAUUUUUUUGUUAAAUGUUCCACUCAGUUGUUAGAAGGAAUUGAAGAUCAAAUCAAGCAUUUGAAAGACCCACCUGAAGAAAUUGAGAUAAAACCACUUCAAAUCCUUCAGGAAGAACUUGAUCAGAAAAAAGAACGAUAUAACAUGACAAACGAACCUCAAUUACUCAAAGAAUAUGCGGAUGUAUUGCUGGCUACAAAUGACCCAGAUAUUAGAGAUUUCGCCAUCAAGAUCUAUCAAGAAUAUCUGAAAUCAGCUCCUAAUCUCGACAAAUGUCGUCGUGCUUCUGUUUAUAGGCGAUUGGGAUACAUUUUUUGCCUACAAAAAUCUUUUAAAUCCGAGGGGAGUUUAAUGGAAGAACGAAAAGAAAGUGCGAAAGCUGCUUAUAAAAAAGCACAGAAACAUUACAAAGAUUUAUUGGCAGAACCCGAGUACUUUGGAAAUGACGUUAUUAAAUACAAUUAUAAUAACUGUUUUUGGUGCUUGAAUAGAUUAGAGAAAUCCAAACUUGCUGAUAUUCAUUUAACGAAAAACAAUCAUGAAUUGUUUGUACGAGAGCUGACCAAUUCAUUGUUGGAAAGAUUUAUCUAUUAUAAAAAGAAAUUGGAUCCAAACAAUACAACUUAUGAUAAAACUAAAAUUGUUACAGGAAUAGUCAAAACUGUAGCAGAAGCCUUUGUCCCCACAUUAAGUGUAGACAGUAGUGGCAUAUCAGCGUCUAUAGAACCUAAAGAGAUUUUUAUAGGUAUAGCAGAUCUAAUUCAAGCUGUCCACACGGGAAAGAUGCAUGAUAAGGCGGAACAAAUUAUACAAACUUUCGAAAGCAAGCAGGAUCCGAUUAAAGUUCUUUUUGAAGGCAUUGCGAAGAAAGUAGCCAACAUCUAUAUCGAGCAGAUACAGCAGCUUGAACCCGAAUCUAUCAAGAAAUUUACUCAAUUUAUCUCAAAACAAUUAUUUGCUUACUUGGGUUCAAAGAAAAUGGAUUUUACUUCAGAUCCCACCGAAACACUCAUUACGGGAUUAUAUUUCACCGAAUAUAAAAAGAACUGUUUGUUAACUACCAGUACUGGAGUUCGAUGGAAUGCUAGAGAAUUACUUUGCUAUACGGGCAUCAUUACUUACGAUAAGCGAAUUUACAUUUACACCAAAGCGCCAGUGCUCAAUCUUAAAUAUGGUUUUCGUUAUGAUAAAUUACCAGUUAUUCAUCGCCAUUACGAAUAUCAUCAAAAUCGGUUGGAAGCCGAAGAUCGACUCAAACGACUAACUAAAUCGCAAAAGACAAUGAAAUGUAUUAUUAUGUAA